GAUUGAUUGAUUGAUUAAUUAAUCAAUUGUUUGAAACAUAUUAUAACAUAUCAUAUAAUAUAUGAUAUGAUAUAUAACUGCAAUGGAUAACAAUGAGAGAUCAAAUAGCAGAUCAUUAGAUCCGCAGAUUAAGGCAAUGAUUGAAUGUAAGAGAUUAGAGGCUAUUGAAAGACGUAACAAACGUAUGGCCGUUGAAAACAAUGAAAUGAUAUCAAAGACAAAUGACAAGACUAUUGUCAACACAUUGACCACAAAGCCAUCGACCAGUGCUUUGACUAACAUUAAGAUGAAACCAAUUGUCACAUCUGUUACCAAUAGCUGUAACAACAAUAAGAAACCCGUAUUAAUGUCAUCAAUGAAAUUAGUAUCGACUAAACGCUUUGAAAUUGAUAUCUCUUAUAAUAAACAAGUGAUUGAAAUCUUUAGAAAAAUCAAUUCACGCGAUUGGAAUCCAACAACAAAACUAUGGACUUUUGAUAUCAAUGAUUACAAAAAUAUUAUGAAUAAAUUGCAAUCAAUUGAUUCAGUGGACAUCCAAUUCACUGAUGCGGUUCCUGAAAGAGUGAUGACAGCUCUAAUUGAAGCUAAAAAUCGACCAAAAGAAGACAUAGAUCUCAAUGAAAGACUUGGACCCAAACUAAUGCAAAGGCUAUACGAGUAUCAAAUUGAAGGCAUCUUAUUUGGCAUCAGAACAGGUGGUCGAUGUCUUAUAGCUGAUGAUAUGGGUUUAGGAAAGACAUUACAAGCUAUAUGUAUAGCUCAAUGGUUUCGUCGAGACUGGCCAUUGCUUAUAGUAUGUCCGGCAUCUCUAAGAUAUCAAUGGCGAGACUCACUUAUUGAAUGGUUGCCAAACUUAGAUGAGAGUAAUGUUUUUAUCGUUAUAAAAGAAAAAGAGUUAUCAAAAUCAAUGAUUACUAUUAUAAGCUAUGAUUUGAUGGCAAGAAUGAAAAAUCAAUUUAGUAUUGAAUACAAUCAGAUAUAUAAUAUGGUUAUUCUGGAUGAAAGUCAUUAUAUCAAGACUGAUGGUGCCGUCAGAACCGAAUCGGUCACACAAUUGUCUAAAGCUGUGAAUAGGAUUAUUUUGUUAACCGGAACUCCUGCCCUUUCCCGACCUAUGGAGUUGUUCACACAAAUCAAGUUAAUUAAUGCUAAACUGUUUUCAAGUAAACACGAGUUUGGUAUUCGCUAUUGUGAUGGAAAGUUGAAGCAAUUUUUCCAAAGAGGCAAAUGGGGUAAAACUAAACAGAUUUGGGACUAUAAGGGCGCCAAAAAUCUCGAUGAACUCAAAAUUCUUUUAGAGGGAACUAUUCUUGUCAGACGACUUAAGACUCAAGUUUUGACUCAAUUAACUAAAAAGACUCGCGAAAUGAUUCUGCUAAAAAUAGAUCACAUGACUGAUAAAGAGAAAACAAAAUUAUCUAAUUAUUCAAAAGUUGCGAAUAUAAGCAGUUCUAAAACAAACAAUACAACUCUAUUUGAGUGGUAUAUGGACAGUGCAAUUGCCAAACUGGAACCAGUCUGCAGAUAUUUGGAACAACUAUUGACUCUUGACAUUAAGUUUUUAUGUUUUUGUCACCACAAGAUUAUGAUGGAUGGUAUACAAGAAAUGUUGGCUCAAAAGCGCAUUAAUCACAUUCGUAUCGAUGGUUCGACUUCUGCUUUUGAUAGACAAGAGGCCUGUAAGCAGUUCCAAGAAGUAUUAAAAUGUAGAGUAGCUCUUCUCAGUAUCACUGCUUGUGCUACGGGUCUUAAUUUGACCUCUGCUUCAGUCGUUGUUUUUGCAGAAAUCUUUUGGAAUCCAGGAAUACUAUCUCAGGCUGAGGAUCGCAUUCAUCGAAUCGGUCAACAAAAUAAUGUUAAAAUAUACUAUUUGGUCGCUAAAAAUACAAUCGAUGAUAUGGUUUGGCCAAUGAUUAGCAAAAAACUUGAAGUUCUUAAUAAAGCGGGUCUCAGUAAAGAUAACUUUGAUAGCGCUUCCACUGUUAUCGAUGCAAAAGAGGCGGAACAACAUUUGAUUACAGACUUCUUUGAAUCUCUCGAUGAAAACGAAAUGAAUGAUUUUCUCAGCGAUAACUUUAAAGAUUAA